AUGGAAAUGCAGCAAAACUGCAGCAUUUCAUGCUUCUGGGAAACUCAGCCUCUUGGUUGUGUGAAGAUCAGUUGUAUAUUUUAUCACAGCAAACCUCGAAAUAUCAAUGGACUAUUUUUGCCACCAAGUAGCAAUAUCACACUACAGAAAGAAACUCAAGAAGGAAUUUCACCCCCAACCCAGACUCAGGAACCUCUGAAACCUCAGGAAAGUAUAUCACGACCCAUUCACCAUCCUUUAGUUUUAAAAACUAAUUUUGAGGAAGAAGAGGAUGAAGAAGAAGAAGAAGAAAAUGAUGCUUCUAGUUUAUGGACAAAGACACCUGAAGAAAUUGAAGAAAAAAGAGCAAUAAAGGAGAUGUGUUAUAAAUCUGGUGAAUACUACAGAUUUCAUACUCCUCCAGAUACUUCAUCAUCAAAGAGCAUAGCUCCUACAGUGGAAAAAGAGUUAGAAAAGCCUUUGGAAAAUGACAGUGACUUACAAGAAGGGGAUGGUCUUACGGUUCCAACAAAAUUUAGCCUAAUUGAACGGCAAGGUGAGAUAAAAGCAUCGUUGGAUGGGAAACCAAGGACUGACAUUGCUCCUUUUGAAAAUGGAGGCGGUGAUUGUUAUGUUCCACAGAGGAUUAUAUUUCUUGGAGUAGAUGAAAGUGAAGCUUUAACUCAAGAAAAAGAAAUCACCACAUCAAAGUGUUCAAAUACUAAAGAUAACAAGGACAGUCCUCAUCCCAAGCGUUCCCUAACUACCCGACUAGUACCUACAACGCAUGUAUUAAAUGCUACUGAGAAUAUCAGUAUGAAGUGCAGAGAGGACCCCUUUUCAAUGAAUGAUGUCCAGCCAGUGAGGAAACCUCAUUUUAAAGGUGUUAAAAAAAGGAAGUGGAUUUAUGAUGAACCAAAGAACUUUCGAGGCUCAGGAAUGCAGAGAGCAGUGCAGUCCCCAAAUUCCAAAAAUAAAGUGAGUUACCAUCGAAACAAUAAAAACCGAAAUGCUGAGAACACAUCCUAUGUCCAUGCUCAGAGAGACGCUGUCAGGACUGUCUCGUUGAAUGCACCUCCCUGUAGCAGGGCCACAAAUGGGUCUAGCAGUAAAGUUGAUGUUAACAAGGAACCCAAACUCAACCCCUGUCCAGACAAACAUAUGUCAGCAUCUUAUAAUGGUUCAGCCUGGCGGAAAAGAAUUCCUUUUUCAAAAACAUAUUCAAAAACUGAAAAGAUAUAUACAGAGCCAAGAAGAAAUGGGAGCAAGUAA